AAAGGAGAUACAGGCAGGAUAGAGAGAUAAAGGCCAAAAAGGCUGCAGUGGGGAGGAAGAGAAGAAGCGAAUAGAGCUGUUUCCUCUCUGAGAGCCGAACAGUGUGAUUCUGCUGCAGCUUCUCCAGCCUCCAAUGACUGACUGAACCAACGCAGAUGAUGUCAUCUGAGCACCUGACCUGCAGUUGGCUGCGGCAGCUUCUCGUUGUACUUCUGAAGCUUUGUCUCACUUUUGCUGGACCUUUGAGACCACUCAAUGGGACGGACUGCACAGCCAAGGGUCCUGCUUCCUACAUAGUGGUCUUUACAGGUCACUGGAGCCCGGAGGCAUUCCCCAAGCAGUAUCCACUGUUCCGGCCCCCUGCACAGUGGUCCAAGCUCAUAGCGGUCAGCCACAAUCAGCAUUUUCAGCUGUGGGAGGAGGGUGCUCCGGCAAGUGCAGGGGUGCAGAGCUUUGCUGAGGUCGGGGUGACGGUGGAGCUGAUGAAGGCGGCCAAGGAGGCCAGGAAGAGACGCGCGGUCGGCGCCAUGCACCGAACGGCCGGCAUCCCUAACGGCAUCGGGCACAGCUCCACAGAGUUGCUCAUGCAGCCCAGGAGCUCCCUGUUGUCCCUCAUGGUGAAGAUGAUCCCCAGCCCCGACUGGUUUGUUGGUGUGGACAGCGUAAACCUCUGCGAGGGAAGCCAGUGGAAACAGGAAGUGACCUUUGACCUACAGCCUUACGACGCAGGGACAGACAGUGGAUUCACUUUCUCUUCUCCUAACUUCCCCACAAGCCCUCGAGAAAACAUCACAAAGCUCACAUCUCUGAUGCCGAACCAUCCAGCCAACUCCUUCUACUACCCACGCCUGAAGGAGCUUCCACCUAUUGCCAGCAUAAGGAUCACUCGACAGCACAGAUCAUCUGACCGUCAAAUCCUCAUGUCCAAUCAUAUCCUGCCAAACUCCAUCAAUCCUCAGCUCUUCUCAGCGACACCCCUGGACUGUGAAGUGUCUCUGUGGUCGUCCUGGGGUUUGUGUCUCGGUCCCUGCUCCAAAGGUGGUGUCCGCCACCGCACGCGUUACAUCCUCCUGCGGCCGGCCAACGCCGGCGUCCCCUGUCCUGAGAUGGAGGAGCAGGCUGAAUGUGUACCACACAGCUGUAAGAGACUCCAGUGAAUGCACAAGGUGCUCCGGCCCCGACACUGCCAGUGAUCAACACUGGGACAAACGUUGCUGCAUGUUGAGCAUCCGCGGGAUAAUGCUAUGGAUGGUUUGCCACUGUCAAAUUGUGGAAAUGGGAGACCUGCUGCUUUUCCUUUAAAGCUAAUUGAUAUUGGAGUGUAAACCUCCCUGGAUGUAUUUUAAUUAAAAUAAAGGGAUAUUGAAGUCUGAGUAGAGCAGAACGUUGAGCGUGUUUGAAAUAACACUUAGAAUGUGGUCAGAUAAAGUUUGAUAUUCAUCAGUUGCGAGUGCGAAAUGCAAAAUUUGAGGGGAAGAUAAAUGAGAAGUGUGUCCCCUCAAAGAUCUGUUCACACUUUUUCAUCAUUCACAACAUUUGCGUUCAAUCUGACACUGAUCGUUGCACACCAGAAUCACACCAGAGUCUUUGCAUGUAAUGCAUACUUUUACUGGCACGGAGGGAUUGCUUUGCAUAGAGAACAUAUAUUGGAACAUACAGCCCCUUUAUUCUGUUCUUGCUUUGUACUGAAAAGCUUAGCAGAUAGCUAAGCUUAGCUAACAGUAGAUCCAUUAAAUAAAUACCCAGGAAUCCAUUGCAGAGUGCUGCAAAGGGCUUUUAGUAAGAAUCUUUUUUAAUUUUGUAAAGAGGGAUUCCUUUGCAUAGAGAAUAUAUAGAUGCUUGGUACACACAGCUCCUUUAAAAAUAGCCUGACAUGCCGAUUUAUAAAUAUCACCCUUAACAAGAAAGACCUAGUUACGGACUCAAGGCUGUCAAAUAGCCUAAAGAAGCGAGCCUAUUUUAUAACAAGAUGUUUUUUUCAAAAUGGUUUUACAAAGGGAAAGACAAAUAUUUGUAUCGUUAUCUCUUUCGAGUUUUUGCUGUGUAGAUUUUGUAUAUACUUUAUGAUGUAUCUUAUCAUGUAUAACUCAUGAAUAAAUAAGGAGGCGUUCCGCUUUUCAGUUGUAAAUUUGUUGUUAUAUGAAAGCUUCAAUUAAAACUCCCGUGAGACCAAAGAGCA